AUGGUGAGAGCACCAAUUAACUCUAUUGUUGAUACCGAUUAUAAGGAAUCCGAUUCUGAGAUGAUGGCUUUGCAAUGGUUCGGAAAAGAAAAUGUCGCUGUUGGUAAGGUACUUAUCCCAGCCAUCACUAAUGCUACGGACGUUAUGGCCAAAAUAACGGACACAGAAUUUGUGGCUCUGAUUUGCAUCCUUAUCAUGGAGAUAUAA